GGGAGAACGGAGAGACCCAUUUAUAAGAAUAAGAAAAUGAGGCGGAACUGAUUGAUUCUAAUGCAGCUUGAAAAUGAGUGAUUCAGAGGAUCCCGAGCUGGAGGAAGAGCUUCAGGCUGCUGACGAACUCCUUCAAGAUAUGCAGAAUGAUGCACAGAGUGAACCUCAGCCAAGACCAGUGCGCUGGAAAAAACGUGACAGACAGGGAGAUUUUAUUCCUCAAAGGCCAUCAACCAGUCGAAGUACUACUUGCAUGCCAGGUGUGUCCAGAGAUCAGCAUCAAUGUCCACGUGAAGAAACUAGUUAUGUUACCAGUGUCAACCCAACAAAAGUGUAUGGAACUGAGGUGCUUCGUCAGGAGCUCCUUCAGUUGUUGGAGGAUGGAGAAGAGGACGCAGCCAUGACUUGUGAGACGUCGUCUGAGUCAGCUGCUACUCACUGGGCGAUCAGAAAUAUGGUGUCCUCGCAAAAGUGGAAAGAGGCCAGGCCUUGUCUUAUAGACAAUAUGUUAGCUACUCUGGAUCCACAGUCACACCGUGUGUGUCAGUGUGGCAAACAAGUAGUUGUGAGGUGUCUGGACUGCCUGCCUCUUCCAUUCCUUUGUGCUGACUGUGAUAUUGCAGUUCACACACGCUUUGUCCUGCACAACAGAGAGGCUGUAACAGGAGGGUUUUUGCAGCCUUCAUCAGAGUUUCACAAGCCAAUUGGUAACAUUGAGGUUUCACCCGGCUCAAUUGUGGCUCUUGUAACCAUAAAUGGCCGUUAUAACCUUGCACUGCCAGUGGUGAGAUGCACCAGCUGUGGCCUAAUGUGGUCCCCCUCAGUUAAGGACAUCCUGGGUAGUGGAUAUUGGCCUGGCACCUUAAAUUUCUGCACCCUGUUUUCAAUGGAUGUCUUUCAGUCUUUCUAUGACAUUAAGAAGGCUGCACCAGGGAUGUCACUUAAGGCAUUUGUCAAAAUGCUGGAUGAACGAACAGCCCAUUUUGGAAGGACUGGCCGAAUAUCAGCUGAUGCCUUCAGUAGAAGUUUCUUGGAGUGGAGUGCUGUAAAGUUUGAGGUGGACAGGAUGUGCAAGGAGCCAUGCUUUAGCUGCCCUGCCUGCACUCCAGACAUGCUUGCCGUCUCAGUUGAUGGAAACCGUAAGCUUUAUCGCUUUCAAUCUAAUGCAAGCACUUCAGAGCAGGGGAACUUUGAAGGUGUCUUCAUUGAAAAAGAUGAGGACGUUGCUGAGUUUGUGAAAUACAUCCAGAGACAUACAAAUCAUGUCCCGGGGAAAGGGUUGUGCGGAUCUUCAUCUUGGACUGCAGCAAAGGAGUCGUCCAAAAAGUCCACUGGGAAGUUGGAUGAAGAGGGCAUGGAAAUAGCUGUUUGUCGCCACGGAGUCCUCUUAGCUGCAUUGAACAUGUUUUGA